GACCAGCCCACGGACUCUCGACGCAGCAACACAAACGCCAUCUUUAGCCGACAGGCAAACUACUGAAGCAGAGUUGUGAAUCGAAACUAGGUCAGGCGCUUAGAAAACAAAAACACCUUCUGAAAUCUCGCUUAGAAGCGUAUACUCGGUGUUCGCUGACUUCCGGACACACUGUGUUGUCCUAUGAUCCAAUGUGUUUGAUCGGUCGACCAGCUCGAACGCAGUUUUCUUGUGUCGGACCUGGUUGACGUUGAUUGAUCGCCUUUUCUGAUUUAACAGCCGACAGACGGAAGUGAAAGCCAGGUAAGAGAUGAGCAAGCUUAGUAACAGAGCUAAACCUGUAAGUUUACUACACUCUCACACAGUCAGGUGUAACUUUUCAUUAACUAACCACUACAAAUCGUUGCCAGGUAGCUAGUUAGCUAGGCGCAGGGGUCGGUUCGGUCCUGGCUAUGCUAGCAUUUAUCCUCGUUUACUCGGUGCUGUUGUGCAGUAAAUCGACCAUCCGUAUUAUCAUUAAACCAUGAAAACACAUACAUGUAGAAAACGCGUUUUUGUUGGUUUAUUAUGAGCUGAAGCCGAACUUUUAGCUUGUGAAUUGUCCAUCAUACUGAUGAGACGGUGAGUCAAAGGGAGGCGUGUCCGGCUGAAACAAUGUUUUCAUUCUGAGGUGAAGCCAGGAAGAUCAACAUGCACAGUUUUACCGGUCAUUUAGAGCUUUAUUGAUUACAGUCUCUUACAGGUGGCUGUGAUACAUUUGUUUAUAAUAAAACAAGGCAGGCUGAAAACAUUAUGAACACCAGGGCAGUCCAAAACAGCUCUAACAUAGAUUUUAGUGCAUUUUAUUGAAAGGUGUUCCUUAUAUGUUGUCCUUUUGAACGUCAACAAAUAUAAGAGGGACAAAAUAUUCGGAACACCUUUCAGUAUAAACAUCACGUGUCUGACCAUGUCAUAAAAAACUGAAAAUGCUGAAGCGUUGUAAAAGUAGAUUUUAUGGUAGAGCUGUUAUACUUUGUUACAUUUAAUUGCUCAGUUGUACCUAAGGUUGUGGCAGGUGAUCGUACUAGAAUAACAAUUUCAGUCCUUAAAGUGGGGUCGUAAAGGGAAAACAAAAGAAAAAAUAAAGAAAGAAAUAAAGAUCUCAAUACACUCAUUGCCAGGCAUGAUAAGUAGACAGAGGUCUGCAGCAGGACAAAACAGGAUCUUAUUCAGGGACAAAUAGGGACCAUUACUUUCAAAGAUUUUUAUUUUAAUCAUUUAUACCUGAAACAGACCAGAAAGCUGAAGAUACAGGAAAUGUGGGGAGAACAGUAUGGGGGUAGGUAUGCAUAAAAGCGUUGAGGGUGGACUCCAGCCAACCCAUAAGCUGUUGUAGACUGUAGUUUUUCAUGUAGCAAGCCUGCAAUACCUUCAUGUUUGAUUGAUUACCCUUAAGAAAAUCAAAGAAUAAGAAAAACAGACAAAUAAUUGUCAUUCAAAUAUUUAUCAAGCAAGGUCCCGUGCAUGUCUUUGAUAACGGAUGUUGAAUCUGAGAAUUUGAAGUUGUGAUCUGUUUCAGAGGUUUUCUUUUAUUGUGAUCAUUUCAUGAGCUGAGGAAUAAAAUGAUUGAAAGUUUACCCGAUCAAAAACACUCAAAGCUCGACAAACAUGUGUUAUGUCAUUAUGCAUCAACCUACCAGACAUGGACAGCAAGCUUGCUUGAUAAAUGGGAUAACAUUUGGUUUGUUAAGCAUGUCAGGUCUGUUGACGAAGAGGCCCUACAUAAAUAAUACUGCUAAUGAAGAGUUCCUUUCCCCAUUAUGUUAACUCAACCCAACCAUCUGGAUGUUGUUUACGCAGGAUGAAACGUGCGCUGAAAGACAAUAAGCAGGAGGAUGAAGGUGGCACCAGCCGAGGGUCUCAGGAGACUCUUAAACGGUCUCGCAAGCAGAGGAGGGAGAAAGACUUUGAAGGGGAGGGAGCCCACUGGGAAUGUCUGCCUCAGGAGAUCCUACUCCACAUCUUCCAGUACCUGCCUCUCCUCGAUCGAGCUUAUGCUUCUCAGGUGACCUUAACCUCAUUUUAAUGGUUUGGGGUUAAUGAUGGUUUGUGAGAGUCCAUCAAUCAUAUCUGUCAAGGACGUUUUCCUCGUCAUUGUGCGGGGCUGUGACUCUUCAGUUUGUGCUAAAAAAAAGUUUUAUGUCUGCAUGAAACACUGAGAAAGGCCACAUAUUAUUGUGUUUUCAAUAUGUUUUUUGUCAAAAUUCAGUCUGGCUCUUUAAAGGAGGAAAAACAUGUAAAUAAACCCUUUAACUAUGUCUACAUGAAUGCUUUUUGUUAGUUUUUAAGCUUUUCUAAGGCUUUAUAUAGAGUCACUUGCCCACAAUCCCUCUUGUACAAAAGGACACUAAUUGUAAAACACAAAUUAAAGAUUCAUUCAGUGUGCAAAAUGUCCUCAAAGUAUUAAGUUUGAAACUUAGAGGUCAGUUUUGUUGCAGAUUUAACUUUUGUCAAAAACUGAGUCAUUUUGAAAAUGUUAUAAUUUAGAUUUGGAAAAAUUUAAUCAUCUAUUGCCAAGAAUGUUGAAUGUUCCCUGUUAACACCAAAUUAUGGGUUUAGCUGUUUCUAAAAGAUACAGACCACUUGUUCAGGUUUUGAAUUCAUUACCUUCACCGUAGGUAUGCCGUGGCUGGAACCAAGCUUUUCACAUGCCAGAGCUGUGGCGAUGUUUUGAGUUUGAGUUAACCCAGCCGGCCAGCUCCUACCUGAAGGCCACACACCCCGAUCUCAUCAAACAGAUCAUCAAGAGGCACGCUAACCACCUGCAGUAUGUCAGCUUCAAGGUAUGCACCCAGCGCGUUCGGGGAGGUAAAGUGGAUUCCUCUGUUCUCAUUAAACUCUAAGUGCCUUUCUUUUUUAUUCCCCUCUGUGCUGCGCAGGUGGACAGCAGCAGAGAGUCCGCAGAGGCAGCAUGCGACAUCCUCUCCCAGCUCGUCAAUUGUUCUUUGAAAACUUUGGGGCUCAUCUCAACAGCAAGGCCCAGCUUCAUGGAGCUGCCCAAGGUAGGCCUCGGAAAGAUUGUCAUUCCUGUUAUUAUCAUUAUCUACAGGCGAAGCUUACGUACUCCGUUGUGGGGAAGGUCACCAAGUGCGGCAUGAUUUCAAUUACUGAAGCAUUUUUCUAACAAUCAUAGUUACUAUUCUUACACAAGAAUCUCUGAGCCGUUGCAAAGGCUUUAUAGGAAUAGCAACAAUUUCCAUUUCAAAGCUAAUGUAAACAUUGUGAUGUGCGCUCAGUAUGUGCGGUCUGUGCUUGCUGCCCCCCAUCUGCACUUGUUUACUGUAACAGACACGCUGUGCUGUGUGUCACUCCUCCUGCAAGUCCUUGUGUUUGUGACUCUUCUUAAUGACUUCUUGUGCUGUACCUUGUUGAGUGUAGCUGAUCAUAUGAAACGUGUUGUGAACCCAAGCCAACAUAGGCUGUUAUUGUAGUGAGACCAGCAAUACUGUGUGAACUUACUCUAUUCUUUUCUCUCUUUGACAGUCUCACUUCAUCUCAGCCCUGACAGUGGUUUUCGUCAACUCCAAGUCCCUCUCCUCGCUGAAGAUCGAUGACACCCCUGUGGAUGACCCCUCCCUCAAAGUCCUGGUGGCCAAUAACAGUGACACGCUCAAGCUGCUGAAGAUGAGCAGCUGCCCGCAUGUGUCACCUGCAGGUACUGAUGUCAGAAACACUGAUGCUAGAAGUGGUCAGGAAUUUGAUGGAUCAAGAUCAUUAAAAGGUGGUGCUCCCCAGAGUUGCAGCCACUCCACCCUAACUUUACAUAUCUUGAAGAAUGUUGAAAAAAGUCAGCAGAAACUCUUAAAGGGAUAUCCCGGCUACAAAAUUAAGUUAGGGUCAAACACACCAUAACACAAAGUUAGACACCCCCUCGAGAGAUGGAUGUUGCUGACAGUUUGUUUCUCUAGUUAAACCAACUUUAGUAACGACCGCAGGAUAGCAAUACACAAUUUCUUUAUCAUUUCCUUGAAGUAAUAAUCACCAUAUUAAUCAUUUUGCACUGCAGACGUGGUAGUUCCUCUGCCGUAGCGUGAAAUGAUCAUAAAUGUUCUUCCUUGAGCUGCGUCACCCCGCUGUAGUCCGUAAUGGACUGGCCCAAGGUCAGUCAAGGUCAUAAACAAGCGGCUGCUGGAAGAGAGUAGGUGAGAUGUGUUUAGUCUCUUUGCCAAAGAAAUUAGGCAAAAUAAAAAGAUGUUAGGUGGCUAGUACUGUGGCUGGGACAAAGAAAGGUGUUGUCUGUUUUUCUGUUUGGAUUUUGUGUGGAUCCAUCCUCUCCUUUAAUUUUCUUCUCUCUCACUCUCAGGCAUCCUUUGUGUGGCUGAUCAGUGCCAUGGCCUGAGAGAACUGGCCCUGAACUACCAUCUGCUCAGCGAUGAACUUCUCAUUGCCCUCUCCUCUGAGAAGCAUGUCCACCUCGAGCACCUUCGCAUCGAUGUGAUUAGCGAGAAUCCCGGCCAACAGUUCCACAGCAUCAAGAAAAGCAGCUGGGACGCCAUGAUGCGGCACUCUCCCAAAUUCAAUCUGGUCAUGUACUUCUUCCUCUACGAGGACGAGUUUGGCCCUUUCUUCCGCGAUGAAAUCCCUGUCACACAUCUGUACUUCGGCCGCUCCGUCAGCAAAGAUGUGCUUGGCCGCGUCGGGCUCACCUGCCCUCGUUUGGUGGAGCUGGUGGUGUGCGCCAACGGGCUGCGGCCGCUGGAUGAGGAGUUGAUUCGCAUUGCCCAACGCUGCACGCAGCUGUCUGCCAUCGGAUUGGGAGAGUGCGAGGUGUCCUGCAGCGCCUUUGUGGAGUUUGUGAAGAUGUGUGGAGACAGACUGACACAGCUAUCCAUCAUGGAGGAGGUACUGGUUCCAGAUCACCGCUACGGGCUGGAUGACAUCCACUGGGAGGUGUCAAAGCAUCUGGGCCGCGUUUGGUUCCCAGACAUGAUGCCUACGUGGUAAAUCUUGGGAAGAGGAUUGAAAGCUGUGUCCAGGAUUUUGUGCGAGUAUGAGUGUGUGAAUGUGUGUGUGUCAUCUACAUUAAUUGAAAAUGUCUCCAUCUGUCUCCUGUUUCAGGACAAGGCCUUUUCCCACACAGUGUGUUUGUUUGUUUUACUCCUUGAAUUUACGAUCAUCUCUUUGAGUUUUAAGAGCUGAAAUAGGAAUAUUGAUUACAACUUCUCCAAGCAGUUUCCUGUAUAUAAUUUUUAUAUUUAUAUUAUAUUUAUAUCUAAAUUAAUUUGUUUCAUCACAGCAUUUAGCACCUUUUUCUCUUUACCCUUUUGUUAAGAUGAGAAAUCUUGUAGAAAAAGUCAGUCGGGGGAUGAAAAUAUUUUGGGUUAAACAGGAAUGUCCAGUAGUUCAGUGUUUUCAUGUCCACAGUAAGCAGAUAAAGAACCAUAGACUCGUUAUACUAUGGACAACUUGGUUCUGUACGCCCAUAGGCUGUAUCAAGUGUCAAUCAUAGAAAACUUGAACCCCCUAAAAACUUUUAAAAAUGGAGCUGCACAGAAAAAAAAGAGGACUUGAGCACAAACCAGUCUGACAGUAACUACAUGUCAACAUCUCAAGCAGGGGGGAGAAAAAUUUAUAUUCUGUGUAAUAAAUUUCUAAAGUUUCUCCACAGCUCCAUAGGGAUUGCUGGAGGAGGCGGGAUUUAUGACCUAUACUGCAGCCCAUCACCAGAGGGUGCUGUUCUUGGGGUGGCUUCACCCAGCAAGGAGGCAGACACUGUCCAUUCUUUAUACAGUCUAUGUAAGGAACAUGAAGAUUUCCCCAUAUCAUAAAAAACAAGAUCAGAAUCCUUCAGUGACGCACCACAGAUUUAAACAUCAUUACAGCUCAGUUUAGCAAUUUUUUUUCAGACAUCUUUAUUUUGAGUCAUUUCAUCUAACAACCUGUGCGCCAAAUCAGUUAGAUGAAAAACUAGUGAGUGAAAACAAGCAUUUCCCUCCCAUUAUAGUUCCAGUGUGGUGGAUAUCUCUUUGUGAUGCUUUUGAAUGUGCUUCAUGUAUCUGAUUUUAAACCAGAAUCAGAAUCGUCUCGUUUUAGUUCUUUUGACUUCAAGGCAGUUUUAUUCUCCAGCUUUGUGUGAAGGUGGUGCUCUUCUGAGACUUUGGCCAUAACCAUCUUAGUCUGUACAUACUGUUUAUAUUACUAUAUAUAAAUAAGAGUGUUGUUUGAACAUAUUUUUGUGUUUCAUAUACAGAAGCUAUAAAUCUACAUCGCCUGACCCAUGUUACUAUGGCCUGAAUUUCAAUCUAAAUUUCUAUCAAGACAUUCUUAUUUAUAUAGCAGCGAAUAAUGCAAGUUAUUUCUUGACACUUUACAUGUAGAGCAGGUCUACUCUAUACUCUUUAAUAUGCUUUUUGCACUUUUACUACAGUGAAGGACCCAUGUUGAUAAAAGAGCUGCAAAGUCCUCAGAUGAAAAAAAGACCGUUUUGAAUACUGGUGAAUGUUGGAAGUUUAUCAGUAUAUGUCAGUUUUAUUAGUCGCCACGUGCAGUUAAUAGGUUUGAAUUGAUCAAUUUUCAAUUCUCAACAUUUAUUGUAAUUAGAAAGUGAUUUGGCUGUUGGGUUUGUUUCAUUAGUGAUGUUAUUUAAAGAAAAAUACAUUCUGGGAAGCUUAUGUGACAACCCAAAGCUGAUUGUAAGCACAGCUGACAGUCUUAGCCAGUUUACUUAAGAAUUAAAAAUUCAGAGUAGUCAUAGUCUGAAUAUAACUCCAAAUUACCUUGCAGCAUAAUUAAAGCCUGACAGAUUUGAACAAUGGAUCAGUGCCAUACAUUUAUGAGUGUUGUUGUUUUGACUAUAACGCAGAAGCAAAUAGAGAUCUUUGAUUAUUUUGUCUAAAUUACAUUUAUCUGUUGUGUUAAAACACACAAUGACACAUUUAAAAACAUUGGCAUUGUGUGUGUGUAUAUAUAUUUGAUAAAAAUAGAAAGACAUUAUGUUAAUGAGGUAAUCAUGGAGCCCUGGUGAUAGGACAACACACGGCAGCUGAAUGUUGAUGUUAACGAAUGUAUGGGAUUGAAAUGUUUGUCUCAUUUAUGUUUUGAUGAAUUUUAGUGGGACUUACCAAGGAUGUGCUUGCUGUGCUGAAAGAUAACACCCCUGUACCGUGCAAUGAUUGACUGUAAAUCACUAUGUCUGGGUGGAUCGUCAAAUUAUUUUACAGGCUCGAUAUUCAUACUUGUUGUUUGCAAAUGUUAAUUGAAACAAACCGAUAACUCCAGGAUGAUAUGACUUCACUUUUCUCUGUUUAAUCGGGACCCAUCAUGUCUUAAUUCUAUGUGUUGGACUUCAUCCUUAACUGACAGAACAUUUUAUUGUUUAUUUAUAAAACCAAGUUGUCUGAUAUUAAAUGCGUUAGUACUCAGUGCUUACAGAUAGGUGUUGUUAUAUUAAAGAAAGGCCGGAGAAAGGCCUCAUGCUUUUUAUAGAGUGCAGUUAUAUUGUGCUGUCUUAUUUCAGCUUUAAAAGGCUGUUUUGUACUGAAAGGAAUAAUUGGAGGGUAACCAACUGCUUGUACUUUUCCCAAAGAUGUGUAACAUUUGAGUAAAGUUCAUAGCCACAUUAAAGAUGCCUGUUUGAGUGUG